UGUUCUUCUAAUGCUCUUACUUUUCACAUUUCUAUACUAGUAACCUAGAUUCCCAUUAGUAUUUCACUGUCAAUUAGUCCAACCAUGCUUAAUUAAUAAUGCAUGAAAAAGCAUUGACACGAUUCUGUUCCACAAACAGAGAUCAAAGAAAAGGUCAAUGAAACAGUGCAUUUAGUCAACAUUUAAAGUGUAUUUGUUGAAAACUCAUUGGAAAGUUGUUGCUGCUAUAUCUUCUUUGUCUUCUUCCCCUCAAGCCACCACCACAUUUGCAUUAAACAAGAAAGACUUGUGAAAACGAAGCAAUUUGGAACUAAUUUAGUCUCUUUCUGUUCUUUCUCUUUAGAUGACUCAGGAGCAGUACAUCCUGGCAUCUCAGCCGAACCCCCUCCAAAGGCCGGGAUGUGCUACUGUGUACCCCGUGGGGAUUUAUGGCUGGCGAAAGCGCUGUCUGUAUUUCUUCAUCCUCCUCCUCCUCGUCACAAUGAUUGUCAAUUUAGCGUUGACCAUCUGGAUUCUAAAAGUCAUGAACUUCACUGUGGAUGGCAUGGGAAAUCUCCGCGUAACCAAAGAGGGCAUCAGAUUAGAGGGAGUGUCGGAGUUCCUUCUUCCACUUUAUGUGAAAGAGAUCAAUUCCAGAAGGGACAGUCCACUGGUCUUACAGUCAGACCGCAAUGUGACAGUGAAUGCACGGAAUAAUCUUGGCCAGCUGACAGGACAGCUCACUGUGGGCUCAGAGAUGGUGGAAGCUCAAUGUCAGCGGUUCGAGGUGAGAAGCAGUGAUGGGGAAAGAGUCCUUUUCUCUGCUGAUGAAGAAGAAAUCAGUAUUGGCACAGAUAAACUGAGAGUAACAGGCAACGAGGGAGUUGUGUUUAGUCAUUCAGUGGAAACGCCACACGUUCGAGCUGAACCAUUCCAAGACCUGAAGCUAGAGUCUCCGACGAGGACACUGACACUGGAGGCUCCUAAAGGUGUUGAAGUGAAUGCUGGAGUAGGAGAAUUCAAAGCUUCUUGUAGGAAAGAUCUCACUUUAGAGUCUUCAGAAGGAGAGAUUUAUCUAAAUGCAAACUCAAUCCGUCUUGGAAAUCUUCCACAUGGGAGCGUGGACCCUUUGCUCGGCCCAGGGACAACGUACCCCAAACAGACUGUGUACGAGGUGUGUGUAUGUCCCAGUGGCAAGCUGUAUCUAUCUCCUGCAGAGAGCUCCUCCACCUGCCAGACCACCAACAGUGUUUGCCUCUGGAGCUGAGGAAGGUGGGUGGGCAGUGGACCACCCAGCACCAGAAAGGCCUUCCUUCACCUGCCCUCUCUCGCUCCUCUCCUUUCUCCUUCACCUUCUCCUUUCUCUUUCAUUUCCUAACACAAAUUUUUGUUAUGCUUUUCCAUCUACCUGUCUGAGCUUCCAAUUUCUAUCUCUAUCUAUUUAUCUAUCUAUCUAUCUAUCUAUCUAUCUAUCUAUCUAUCUAUCUA